AGAAUACUCUAUUCACCAAGACUGAGCGCACGAAGUGGAGGCAUCCAUCCAUGUGAUAGCGCGUCGGCGACCUCAGGAAACCAACCAAGACGUAAGCUUCCUCCAUCCGAAUCCCGUCCUUCUUUCUCCUGCUCAAUCUCGGGCCUAGAUUCUUCCUAGGGUAGGUUCGUUGUCGAUCCCCCAAUGGCCACUCAGUCGCCUUUCUUUUUGAAUCUCUAAAUUACAUCCCUGCUUUCCUUUCUUCCCUUCGGUGCACCAAGGAGAGCGAUCGGUGAUGCAGUCUUGAUGCAUUAAUUGGUACCGUUGCUCUCAUUUGAAAAUGGAUAUAUGGAGCUUCAACAAGAAAGCUCCAGUGUCAGGGCAUUGUUUGCAACAAACCUCAGGAAUCCGUCAUCUUCUUCUUCAGCAUUUGUCUCUGCUAAUCAGUCUCCUUUCUUCUCCCCUCGGUCACCAGCAACACAUGCAUCUGGACCUAUAAAAAAUGACAUUGCAGUCAGCCCAAAUGAUGCUGUUGCAAGUGUUGAUCAAUUUGGAUCCCUAACUGGACUAUUACAACCAAUUUCUAAUAUUCAUUUUCUUGCUUCCAAUCAUUCUCCUUCUCUAGAUUGUUGUUCUUCCAGUAAUUUUGAAACCCCAGCAACCUUUUACAACAGCAACCUAAGUCUAGUAUCUUCCUUUAAUGGCUUUUGCAAUGCCAGUUCAUCUAAUAAUAGCCAGGGAAUUGAAAAUUGUCACUUGGGCCAUACAGCAAAGCAUAAGAGGCUAGGAAAAAACCAAGGAAAGUUUUCUGGUUCUCGGCCUUCACCUUCUGUUUCUUCAACUAAUAAGUAUAGGAAUUGUGAUGUGUACAUUGGAUUUCAUGGAAGGAAGCCUUCUUUAUUGAGGUAUGUUCAUUGGCUUCGAGCAGAGCUUGAAAUUCAGGGGAUCAGUUGCUUCACAUCUGACAGAGCCCGAUGUAGGAAUACUCGUAGCCAUGAUGCAGUUGAGAAAAUGAUGAAUGCUUCUACCUAUGGAGUCAUGAUACUCACAAAGAAGUCAUUUGGCAACCCUUAUAGCAUAGAGGAGCUUAGGUAUUUCCUGAGCAAGAAAAAUCUAAUUCCAAUUUACUUUGAUUUGAGUGCUGCUGAUUGUCUUGCUAGAGAUAUAAUCGAAAAGAGAGGUGAAUUGUGGGAGAAAUAUGGCGGUGAGUUGUGGAUGCUCUAUGGUGGCUUGGAGAGAGAAUGGAGAGAAGCUAUUGAUGGACUUUCGAGAGUGUUAGAUUGGCAGUUGGAAGCAUUUGAUGGUAACUGGAGAUAUUGCAUAAUGCAAACAGUGGUUUUUCUAGCUACAAGAUUAGGUAGGAGAAGUGUGGUUGAUCGAAUUAACAGAUGGAGGGAAAGAGUGGAAAAGGAAGAAUUCCUGUUUCCUCGAAAUGAAGACUUUGUUGGGAGGCAAAAGGAGCUCUCAGAGUUGGAGCUUAUUUUGUUUGGUGAUGUUACUGGAGAUGGGGAAAGAGAGUACUUUGAACUCAAGACUCGGCAUAAGAGAAGAUCGCUGUUAAUUGGGAAAGCUGACAAGCAUCAUGAAAAAGAAAACUCAAAAGAUCUACAAUCAGAGAGUAGUAGCAAAGGAAAAGAACCAGUUCUGUGGAAGGAAUCUGAGUAUGAAAUAGAGAUGCAAAGGUUGGGAAGCCCACUAAAGCAAUAUCGUCCUUUGAGGCGAAAGAAUGGGAGCAGACAUGCUAGGAAGAGAAACCCCUCCAAGAUAUUAUAUGGCAAGGGUAUUGCUUGUGUCUCUGGAGACUCUGGAAUUGGCAAGACAGAAUUAACCUUGGAGUAUGCUUACAGGUUCUCUCAAAGAUACAAAAUGGUACUGUGGGUUGGAGGGGAAGCUAGAUAUAUUCGCCAAAAUUAUUUGGCUCUGCGGAAUCUUUUGGAUGUUGACAUUAGCAAUGAAAACCAUUCUCUUAAAAAGGGAAGAGCGAAGUGCUUCGAAGAGCAGGAAGAGGAAGCUAUUGCAAGUACUAGAAAAGAACUAAUGCGUGACAUUCCGUUCUUACUUAUAAUAGACAAUUUGGAGAAUGAAAAGGACUGGUGGGACCAAAUGGAUAUCAUGGAUUUGUUGCCACGAUUUGGUGGGGAAACACAUGUGAUAAUAACCACAAGACAUCCACGGCUGAUGAACUUGGAUCCGUUGAACCUUUCUUACUUAUCUGGUGCAGAAGCAUUGACUUUGAUGAAAGGAAGUAUAAAGGAUUAUCCUAUAGUGGAGAUUGAUGCUCUCAAGGUCAUUGAGGAGAAGCUUGGCAGGCUUACCCUUGGUCUUUCUAUAGUAGGUGCCAUUCUUUCUGAGCUUCCUAUCAUGCCAAGUAGACUUCUUGAUACUAUAAAUAGAAUGCCUAUGCGAGAUUUAUCAUGGACUGACAAAGAGACAAUUACAUUCAGUAAAAAAGCAGCUCUUGUUCAACUUCUAGAUGUUUGUCUUUCAAUCUUUGAUCAUGCAGAUGGACCAAGAAGUUUGGCAACUAGAAUGGUUCAGGUAAGUGGUUGGUUUGCUCCUUCUGCAAUUCCAAUCUCUCUCUUAGCUUUUGCCGCUCACAAGGUUCCAGAGAAAUAUGAUAGUUCUUCACCUUGGAAGAAGUGCUGGCAUGCCUGGACCUGUAGCUUAACUGUUUCUCAUAGCAAGAGAUCUGAAGCUGAGGCAUCUUCUAUGUUAAUCAGAUUUGGAUUUGCCAGAAGUAGCAACGAACCUGAUUGUGUCCUUGUGCCUGAGCUUAUCAAGUUGUAUGCUCGUAAAAGAGGAGACAUUCGAUUUGCUCAUGCCAUGGUUCAAGCAAUUUACCUUAGAGGUUCCAUCUCUCUGUUUCCUGAACAUAUGUGGGCAGCUUGUUUCUUGCUUUUUGGAUUUGCAUCAGAUCCCAUCAUGGUGAAACUCCGACCGUCUGAGUUGCUUUCUUUCGUGAAACGGGUGGUUCUACCACUUGCAAUAAAUAUGCUUGUAAAUUUGUCACAGUGCAACGCCGCAUUAGAUCUCCUCAGACUCUGUACUGAUGUCUUAGAAGUUUCUGCAGAAUCUCUCAUUUCUCGAAAUGAGAAGUGGAUUGAAAGAUCUUUCUGCUGUGUCAGACAAGUUCAAUCGAACUCCCAGAGCACAUUUCUAUGGCAGGAAUUAUCACUUCUGAGAGCAACUGUUUUAGAGACCAGAGCAAAACUAAUGCUUAGAGGAGGACAAUAUGACAAAGGAGAUGAUCUCAUCCGGGAAGCUAUAUUUAUUAGGACUUCAAUAUGCGGUGAACAUCAUCCAGACACCGUAUCUGCACGAGAGACACUAAGUAAAGUUACAAGACUUCUUACAAAUGUCCAAGUCAGUUAAUUAUCAUUUAUUUUGAAGUUUGCUAUACAUUCUUUCAUGUGGAUUCAUAUUAGAACCACACAAAUGUCUCAGUUCAAAAUAACAAGUAAAUUGGCCAUAUUUACAUUACUUGUCUAAUUUCUCCCCUUUCAUUUCCAUCUUUAGACUUUUCUUUAUCUGUCAGCCCUUGUGAAAACACUGUCCGUAUAUAUGAGAUAGAUCCAAGUGGUAA